CACCAGAUCUCAUGCACCUUCAGUACUCUCAUCUUUUGCACAUUCGCGUUGGCAUCCUUGGGUUUCUGAACAUUCUUUCGUCCCUUUUUAAUCCUCCCUUUCGCUUUAUCAUUGAGCCGAAACAAUAUGCCGACGGGGGCCAAUCAACAGAUGAAACCUGUCGCUUCGCUGCUUUUGCUCCUUAACUUUUGUAUGUAUGCCAUUGUUCUGGGCAUUGGUGGGUGGGCUAUGAACAGAGCUAUUGAUCAUGGUUUCAUCAUUGGACCAGGAUUUGACCUUCCGGCGCAUUUCUCGCCCAUAUACUUCCCUAUGGGAAAUGCCGCGACCGGAUUUUUUGUGACAUUCUCAUUGAUAGCCGGAGUCGUCGGGGUUGCGUCAGUCAUCGUCGGAGUCAACCAUAUCCACUCUUGGAACGCCGAUAGCUUGCCGUCCGCAGCUUCAGCUGCUGCGAUUGCCUGGACUCUCACUCUUCUAGCUACAGGUUUCGCUUGUAAAGAAAUAGAGCUCCGCAUCCGAAACUCUCGCCUGAGAACAAUGGAGGCAUUCCUGAUAAUCCUGUCAGCGACUCAACUUAUAUACAUCGCAACAAUUCAUGCUGCCUCAAGAAGAACAUGAAUCAUUAAACUUCAGUGUUGUGUGAAGGUUUGAGUGCUUUCGUGUCGCAGUUUUUCCUCUUUUCUUCAGGCAUCUUGUAAAAAACAGGGCAUGGGAUUGGCCUUGUGGUUCGAUUUAUGGUGUUCAUAUCUGAUUUGUAUAAAUGAAUAAGACAUCAAUCUCAAUCAACAAGAACUUGUCAACUUUGAGAGUGGUCAAAUAGGAGGAUAAAUGAAGUGAAGAGCUCGCAUUUUUCGCUA